GCAAGAUUUGCAGUUAAACUGAGAAUCUGCUGCUCCCAAAACUUGUGCAGCCAACACCUAGAGAGGCUCAGGGGACAUCACACGGAGAGUGACACCCUUUAGUACGGAAGCUUCAGAACAUCUCAGCUUGUCCUGGUUAGGGGACUUACCUGACUGACACAGGAUCCUAGAAAACCAAUACACUCCUGAAAUUGCACUGCGACUGCAGAUCUGCACAGAGACAAAAUGAGCUCCUUGUUUAAAAAGCGAACCACAGGCAAAUACAGCCCUAACAGUACUGUUCAACCCAAACUUGUUUCCAACAAGGAACUCUCUGAACUGAUAGAGAGACUUCAGAAAAAUGCAGAUGAAGUGGAAAGGAAUAUUGUGGACACAGAUUCCAAGCUCCAGAAGGAUUUGGAGAAUAUCCGUUCCUCCCAACCUGUAAUCCACAAAAAUUACACAUUCCAGAACAUAUCCGAAUCUGACAAAGUGAUUGUGGUCCUGGAGACAGAUGCCCUUCUGGCAAAGCAGUUGAACCAUCCGCAGGGCGCCAUGAUUGAAGAAGACAUUCGGCAGCUAAAGGAGCGACUCAAAGCCCAGAGAGCAAGGCAUGAGCAAAUAUAUAAUCAGAAGGCGCCAUCUGAAGUUCCCAGAGUUAAUUGGAGUAAACUCAUUGAUGAGAAAAUGGAUCUUCUAAACAGCCGGGGGUUUGCAACUGACCUACCCAACUUGGAGAACCAAAUUGUGGAGCACAAUAUCUUCAAUAAUGAAGUUAAGACCAUUGGCGAUCAUAUAAACAAGGACUCUGAUAAGGAGUACAUUACUGGACUGCAGGUGAAAUAUCAGAAACUCUUGUCGGCAUCUCAGAAACGCCAGAGAGACCUCAAUACACUGCAGGACUACAUGCAACGCUGCACCAAUGAACUGUACUGGCUUGAUCAACAGGAAAAAGAACGCAUGGAAUAUGACUGGAGUGACCGUAACAGUGACUACAUCAGCCGCAGGAGGCAGUAUGAGAAUUUCAUCCAAAGAAGCCUUGAAGCAAAAGAACAGGAAAUCAACAAACUUCAAGAAGAAGGAGAUAAACUACUGGCAGCUGGACAUCCAGCUAAGAUCCCUAUAGAGGCUCACAUGGAAGCUGUUCAUGCAGACUGGAAGGAGUAUUUGAAUCUUUUGAUCUGUGAAGAAAGUCAUUUGAAAUACAUGGAGGACUACCACCAGUUCUAUAGAGAUGCCAAGGAUUCUCAAGAAUUGAUGAGGAAAAUUGACAGCGAUCUGGACCACAAAUAUAACCCUGAUUUCAAAGACAAAUAUCAGAUUGAGGCUCAGCUGAGUGAAUUGGAGGAUCAAGAAAAGGCUUUGGAUAAAUAUGAUGAGGUUGUUAGUUCUCUUCAAAAACGCAGUCAGCAGGUAUUGCCCCUUAAAUUUCGCAGAGAGACCCCUCUGAAGCCCACUCCAGUAGAAGCUCUUUGUGAUUUCUUUUCCGAGGAGGGAGAAAUCAGCCGCGGUGCCUCAUAUACUCUGAAAGCCAAUAAAGGGGAAAAAUGGGAGGUAGCAGACAGCAGUGGAAAGAAGCUCGUUGCACCUGGUGUGUGCUUCCAAAUCCCCCCUACGGACCCUGAGGCUAUUGCCCUUGGAGAGAGUGCUGCUAACCAAUACAGAGCUGUAAAGCAGAAGGCAGCAGGAAGUAAAACUGCAUUGGUCCAAAGAUUUGAAGAUCUAAAGAGAGAAUCCAGCAGGGCUCCUCCAAAUGCUCAGGAUGGCCAGACACGUCAGCUUCUUGCUGGACUGGACCGAGUAAUCACUGACCUGGAUAGGCAGGAGAAAGCAAUCAGCUUACAACUAAGACCCCCUCUGGAACAGAACAGAGCGGUGCAGGACAGCUCAGAGAGACUGAAAGAACUCAAGAAUAUCUCUAACCAGGUGAAACGCAUAGAGCCAGAGAAAGCACAACGUAUCCAAGAAUGUGAAGUCUACCUAUCAAAUGCCUCUGGUGUUUCCAGCACACCCAUCUUAAGAAGCAAAAUGGGGGAGACCAACAAGAAGUAUGAUAGGGUCAAUGAGCUGCUGAAUUCAUCCAAUGAAAAGAUCGAAGGAGCAAACCGCCUUGAGAACAGUCUGGAGAAAAGUAGAGAACUGCUGACUACUUAUGAGAGCAAACUGUGCGAGGACGACACUGUGCCAGAAGACCCAAAAGCAGUGGAUAGAAAACAGCAGGAGUUGGCGAAAAUGAUCUCAGAGCUACAAAAUAGCAGAGCACUACUUGCUGAAGCAGAACAAAACCUUUACAACAGCAAACUGAGCUGUAACACUUUAGCCAAUCGCUUCCAAGAGCACUGUCCUGAUAUUGAGCGCCAAGAAGCCGAGGUGUCUAAACUCAAUCAGCGCUAUACUGAGCUGGAUAAGCAAAUUCAGAUCAGAUCUCAGUGUCUGCAAAAAGCCAAGACAGCGUAUACUGGUUACAGCAGUACUUAUGACAGUGUAAAUGGAUGGCUAAAUAAUUUACCUAACUAUGAACCCAAGGAGACAGACAGUGUCAAACAAGUAGAGACCAAGUUAAAAAAUCAGAGGCUCCUGUUGGGUGAGAUUGCAGACCGGGAAAACGACAUGCAGUUAGUAUCUAGUAAUGCUCAAGACUAUCAGCAGGCAGUGAAGGAUUAUGAGCUAGAAAGUGAAAAACUGAGGUCUAUUCUGGAUAUGGAGAACCGAAGAAAUACUUAUAGCAAACGGGCCAGAAUCCAAUCACCUGCAGCCAAAGUGAAGGAAGAGGAAGCAGAUUUGUCGGCAAAAUUCACCGAAGCUUCUGCAGUGAAUAAGCAGAGAAUGCAGACACUGGAAUUUGCUCAAAGUCUACUGCAUCAGCAGCCAGAGGUGGAGGUCCAGAGAGAGACGAUACAGAUGAGCAGAUCUGAAAAACCUGUGGAAGAGAUCUGGAAAAUCAAGAAGAUGUUGGAGGAUGAGGUGCAGCGUAGACAGCAACUGGAAUCUGAGAUCAAGAGCACUGAGAGUGAAAUCAUCUUUCUUCAAAAUCAGAAACCUCAGGAGACUAUAGUGAAAAAGGAGGUAUUGAAAAAGGUACCAGAUCCACAGCUUGAAGAGGAUUAUCACAAAAUACUAGAGAGAGUCUCUGAAGAACAACGCAUGAACAAGUCUUUUCAGGAUGAACUAGAUUCUUUGAGAUUAAAGGUUCGAGUGUUAGAACACGAACAGAAGGAAGGCGGGCAGCAAUAUAUAGUCAAAGAAGUCUUGAGGAUUGAAAAGGACAGGGAGCAGCAGGAAGAGUUCCUGCGUCUCAAGGAAGAGCUUGAGGAACUUAAAAGGCAUAAGAGCACCAAGCAAAGUGAGAUUACAAAUCUAAAGGAAAGAUUACUUAUACUGACUGAAGAAAAGAACAAACCACAGGAAAAGAUCACUGAGAAGGAAGUGGUAAAACUCCAGAAUGACCCUCAGUUAGCCACAGAGUAUAGGCUUCUACAGGAGAAUGUGCAGAGGGAGAAUACACAAAGACAAAAAGAGGAGGAGGAAUUGCUUUUGCUCCAGGAGAAAUUAAAACGUCUGGAAAAAGAAAGAGCUAUGGCUGAAGGUAAGAUCACAGUAAAGGAAGUGUUGAAAGUGGAGAAGGACUUGGCCUCAGAGAGGGAAGUAGCUGAUCUAAGAAGGCAGUAUGAAGAUGAGACUUCCAAGAUACGUAUUAACAUUCGUGAGAAAAAUGAGCUGAUACGUAAAAUAAAUGUUUUAGAAGAAGAGAAUUCCAAAGUUGUGAUCCAGGAGAAAGUAAAGGAGAUUGUUCGACCAGAUCCUAAAGCUGAGAGUGAAUUGGCCAACCUACGGCUUGAGGUGAUUGAGCAGGAGAGAAAAUACAGAUCAUCAGAAGAGCAAAUCAAGGUUAUUCAGAGUGAGCUGGAAUCCUUAAAAAAACGUGGUCCACAAGUUGAAGUGAAGGAGAUAACCAAGGAAGUUAUCAAGCAUAAAACAGACCCAGAACUAUUAGCAGAGUUGGAGAAACUCCGUGGGGAAAUCUUGGAGAAAACCAGGAUAGUAGAGCGGUCACAAAUAGAGAUAACACGACUGAAGCAGGAGAUACAAAGUUGGAUAGACACCAAACCCCAAGUUCAAAUUAAAGAAGUGGUUCAGGAAGUCCUACAAUACCGUGAAGACCCUACAACUAAAAAUGAAGUUGAGAAGCUCAGAUCACAGUUGUCAGAAGAACAGAAGAAACGUCUUACUCUGGAAAAGGAAAUGCAUUCACAAGAAGAGAAGAUCAGGCAAAAAGAAAGGGAACUGUCGCAGGUGAGGGAGAAGGUCGUUCAACAAGAAGUUGUGAAGUUUGAAGAAGAUCCUGUGCUGAAGUCAGAGGUUAACAAUUUGUCCAAGAAUAUACAAAAUGAAUUAAAACAGAAAGACUCCUUGCAAGAAGAACUGCGGAAAUUGCAGUAUAGGAAAUCAGAGCUGGAACGCCAGCUUGAGGAAUUGGAGAGAGAAAGACAGGCUAGACGGGAGGCAGAACUUGAAAUCCAGAGGUUGAGAAUGAGGCUCAGUGAAUUAGAGCAAAGAGAAAUAGAGACCAAAGAAAAAGUAACAUUGAAACAAAAAGUAGUGCUGCAGCAAGAUCCACAACAAGAGAAAGAGCAUAACCUUCUGAAGCUUCAAGUGGAAGAGGAGAAGCACAGGCGGCAGAUGCUUGAAACAGAACUGGCAGCAAUACGCAAAAAGCUUAUAUCAUUAGAGAAGAUGGAACUAAAGGAAAAAGUGGUUUUCACAGAGAAAAUAGAAGUAGAAAAGGAUCCUGAAACAGAACAGGAGAUAGAACGGCUUAAAAUAAGCUUAGAUGAAGAGAGCAGAAGCAAACGAGAGCUGGAUACAGAGGUAGACCGUCUUCAAGCACGACUUUCAGAAUUAGAGUUUAGCAACUCAAAAUCUAACAAAGAGCUUGAAUAUCUGCGGGAAGAGGUUCACAAACUACAAAUGGAAAAGCAGAGUCUGCAGCUGGAAACUCGACACCUGCAGUCUGAGAUCCAGAUUACAAUAAAGGAAGCUGAGGAUCUGAGAAGUCUAACCCAAGUUGACAGUGGGGUAAACCUAGAUUCUCGAUUCCUUUCCCUGCAACAAGAACUAAAUGAAUUAAAGAAGAUCUCCAGAGAUAAAGAUUUAGAGCUUGAACAACUGCAGAAGCGUUUAGACACCAUGGCAAUUAAGAGAGAACAGAGAGAGAACCACCUGCGUCGUUCUAUUGUGGUCAUUGACCCAGACACAGGAAGAGAGAUGUCACCAGAAGAAGCCCGUAAUUUGGGCUUGAUUGAUUGGAGAAUGUUUGUUAACCUACAGAGUCAGGAAUGCGACUGGGAAGAAACAACCAUUAAAGGGCCAAAUGGGGAUUCCUCUGUGAUCAUUGACAAAAAGUCCGGCAAGAAAUUCGAUAUUGAAAGUGCCUUAAAAGGUGGGCGUAUCACAAAACGUCAAUAUGAAAGUUACCUCAACAAGGAGAUGUCCAUCCAGGAAUUUGCUGCAUUAGUAUCUGGAAAGAAAUAGAGACGAAGAAGAAGCUGUGCCAUUUUCCGUUCAGAGAUGAAACAGUAUGGACAUUAAACAGGCAAACAGCUUUCCCUUGGGCUGUUAGCGAUAGCAGAACUGUCUUGCUCUGAUAUAUCUUUCUCAAAAUCUGUCAAAAUGUUGUCCUGAUACAUGUGAUUUCUAGUGCCUUGUCUCUACCAAUCAUUCAUGUGUAAGAAAGUAUUGGGCUUCUUUUUUUUUUAAAUAUCUCAUAAAAAAAAUCAUACACAGGUUUCCAAAAUGCAAAGUGAUGUAUUUAGAAGAGAAAUGUUAACAAAAGUAUUAAAAUAUUCCGCUAUAUUAUUCUUGAUGUAUAAUUAUCAAUUCAACAAUCUAUGAAAACCACUUUUUUUUUUAAUAUGCACAGUAAAUACAAAUGCUGUACAAGCUAAAAAACAACAGAUAUUUAAUUGGUGCAUACUCCAUUGUGCCAUACAUGGAAAUAAUGUUAUAUAUCUUAACCUUGGUUUAUGGCUGAUUUAUGUACAUUUUUAUCUUCUAUACUUUACACAGUUACUGUGAUAACUUACAAAUGUAAGCUCUUUGAUAAAAUGUUACAGUGCCUUUGGCAUAGCUAUAUCUGAAUUUCUGUAUGUCACUCAUUUAUUUCUGGUUGGGAUAAAAGGAUUAUGGAAAAUGUAUUUUAUUUAUAGAAAUGCUAAUAAAGAUGCGGUGGUUUUGAA